AUGAUGACCUAUCUUCAAGCAUUCAUGUUGAUACUAUAUUUUGUGAUUAAUUAUCACGCUGUGUCAGGAGAAACAUUGUCAGAUACACGGACAAAGCUGGACUCCAUAAAGUCCUUGAUCUACAGUAAUGCUAAAGCUACAGUUACACUGGACUCUACAGCUCUGAAGGAACUGGUUAAACUCUCAACAUCAGGAUCUUCAAAUCCAACUCAAGGAAUCAGUUUCUCCGUGUAUGUUAAGACCAAACGGCUAACUGUUGGACAAGGACACACUGUUAAAUAUGAUGGAAUUCUGACAAACGAUGGUAAUGGAUAUGAUGAUAGAACAAGAGUGUUCGUUUGUCCAGUGGCAGGAACGUACAUGUUUGUUGUUGAUAGUCUUACCAGAGUAAGAACCUGGCUUGCCAUAAAGGUAAACAAACAAACUGUAGCGAUAGCCUAUAGGGCUGUUCAUGAGAAGAAUCGUUGGGGUCUAUCAAGCAGAACUGUGAUAGUAAAACUCAAGCGUGGUGACCAUGUCAAAGUGGAUAACGUAGGAUAUGCUGGAAGCGUUGACAUAUGGGAAAAUGUACAUUCAGGAUUUACCGGAACUCUGCUUUACUAGCAGCCAAGACCAACAAAUUAAGAAAGA